UUUUGUUAUAUUUCAAAUCAGAUUCAGAUUAAUCACUUUGGCGGUUGUUGUUUUUAGCAGCUGGUGCUUUGAUUGAGGUUAUGUUCAAUUUGUUAUAGUUCUUGUUCCAACAAAUUACAGAAGAAACAUUAAUUGUGAGUCGGAUUGUUUUAAUUCAAAAUUGUAACCUCAAAACCUUCGCGAUGUUCUGUACGAAAUUGCUAUUUUCGCCGAAACAUGACCAACUCCAACACGUUUUUAAACACAGUUCCUUUCACCGCCCCUCUGUGCGUGUAAAAAAAUUCAUCCCAAACCCUGACAAAUCGAGAAUAAAAAAAACAAUUCCGCCCUCUCCUUGCACAUUUGAGGUCUGUGUGGGGCCUCGCGUAAAUCAAUUCAACAUUCAAAUGUUGUCUCCGCAUCUUUUCGAGCAAGUUUUUAAAGGACUAAGUGUGAAUAAGUGCGACGAAGCGAUUGUGAAAGAGUGUCUCAAAACGCUACAAGAGCACAACAUGGUACAAAAACCGGAGAAUUUUUUGAAUGAUGUGGAAUUGAAAAUACCACCGCUUGAAGGAAAAAAUAUCGAAGAACAUUUUCAUUUAAUUGGGGAUCAACAAGUUAAACCAUAUCGCGAUUUGGUCGAAAAACUUUUAACGAAUAAAAUCCCUAAACCUCCUGAUAAGUGGGUAAUGCAGGAGGGGUGGACAAGAUAUGUUCCAGGAGAGGAACCACAACAAGUGCCAUAUCCAUUAGAAGAAGGAUUAAUUUUUGAUAUUGAAGUUGCUGUAACAGUGGGGAAAGCACCGACUUUGGCUACGGCUGUGAGCAACGAAGCGUGGUAUGGAUGGGUUAGUCAAAUGUUACUGGAUGGUACAAGCAAACCUGUAACAACCCAUCAAUACAAUCUCGAUCAACUCAUACCUCUCGAAAGUACAACUAAAGACACAGGCGCAAAACUCACCAACCAUAUGAAAAAACCAAAAAUUAUAAUAGGCCAUAACGUUUCAUACGAUCGUGCCAGAGUCAAAGAACAAUAUUGGUUAAACCAAACGGCUACAAGAUUUCUCGACACAAUGAGUCUCCAUGUUUGUGUAAGUGGUUUAACCAGUUACCAACGUGCAAUACUCAAAUCGGGCAAAAUCGAUGAAGAAGACGAAAUUUGGAAACAACAUAGUUCCUUGAACAGUUUAAACGAAGUUCACAAGUUGUACUGUGGCGGAAAAUCAGUAGCGAAAGAAACGAGAGAUCUUUUUGUUACAGGGAGUUUAAACGAUAUUAGGGAAGAGUUUCAAACAGUUAUGAAAUAUUGUAGUGGUGAUGUUGUGGCAACUUACAGUGUUUUAAACGAGUUAUUUCCGAUGUUUUUGGAACGCUUUCCACAUCCUGUGACCUUAGCAGGAAUGCUCGAAUUAAGUACUGGUUAUUUACCGAUAAAUUCCAACUGGAAUCGAUAUAUUGAUAAUUCUGAACAAGCCUACGAAGAUAUGGAUAUUGAGGGGAGGCUUUUAUUGGCAAAGAGGGCGGAGCAGGCGUGCCAACUUUUACAUGAUGAUAAAUACAAGGAAGAUUUAUGGCUAUGGGAUGAAGACUGGACAGUAAAAAAUCUCAAAAUAAAGAAAACUUCUCCGAAGACUAAACAAAUUGAAACACCCCCACCACAAUCACCCGAUGAUGAAGCAACUGACCCUCUGGAAGAAAAAUUCCGCGAUUUAAUGGCAACAAAAGCCAACAUUUCAAGGGUCAAUUCCCACCUCCCCGGUUACCCAACAUGGUACCGAAAACUAUCUACAAAACCAGAUUCUCCAGAUUGGGUUCCUGGUCCUCACUUAAUCAGCACUUCGACACGUAUCACACCUAAACUAUUAUCUCUAACGUGGGAAGGCUACCCUUUGCAUUACACUCGUGAAAAGGGUUGGGGUUUCCUCAUCCCCUUCACAGAUGACACUGAAACUUCCCGAAAACUACCUUUAGCAAAACUUCUCGAAAAAUGUCCAUUAUCAAAAAUCAACACAAAGGAACACGAUUCGAGUGAUACUUUCGCAAACAUCACACAAAUCGUGCAAGAUAACUUGAUGCGAAAAGAAUACUAUUCGAAAAUUCGCAAAGAUAAAACUUCGGGCAUUUGGUGCAGUACCGAAAUCGAAGAUUGUUGCUACUUCUUGAAAUUACCGCACAAAAACGGCGCUGCAUACAACGUCGGUAAUCCCCUAGCUAAGGAUUUUUUGAACAAAUUCUCCGAAAACGUACUGGCUGGUGAUACACAAAGUGCCGAACAAGUCCUGGCAAUAGCGCGCACUUUGUGGUACUGGCGCAACAACCGCGACCGUAUUUUCGACCAAAUGGUCGUUUGGUGUGAUGGCGCCCAACGUGGGGCCGCACUAGAUGAUGGCGCACAACGUGGGGCGAUCAUCCCGCAGGUCGUAGUGUGCGGUACGCUGACUCGGCGAGCCGUCGAACCGACUUGGAUGACGGCGUCGAACGCCCGACCUGAUCGGGUCGGUUCGGAAUUGCGGGCAAUGGUGCAAGCACCACCUGGUUACAAUAUAAUUGGGGCUGAUGUCGAUUCGCAAGAAUUGUGGAUUGCGUCGAUUAUUGGUGAUGCCGACAGGGCUAGGCUUCAUGGGGCUACGCCCUUCGGUUGGAUGACCUUAAGUGGAACUAAAGCCGACAGUACUGAUAUGCAUAGUGUGACUGCUAAAGCAGUUGGUAUAUCACGUGACCAUGCCAAAGUUAUUAACUAUGCGCGGAUUUAUGGAGCUGGGCAAAAUUUCGCUGAGCGGCUGUUGAAACAGUUCAAUCCGUCGAUGUCGGAUGGUGAGGCGAAGACUAAAGCUGCGAAAAUGUUUGCGUUGACUAAAGGCAAACGGAUCUAUCGCUUGAAAAAAGAGUUUGUUUUGGAGUAUUACGACCAAAACUACUCCCAUUGGCAGGCGUUUGAAAUAGCCAAAACCUGGAAUAGACGUAUUGAUGAUAUGUUCGAAAGACCCAAAUGGGUUGGUGGAACCGAAUCAGCUAUGUUCAACCGUUUGGAAAGCAUUGCAACAAGUCAGGAACCACGAACUCCGUUUCUAAACGGACGAUUAAGCCGUGCCUUGGAACCCAAACUGUCAAGCGACGACCGGUUCUUACCGACCAGAAUCAAUUGGGUUGUACAAAGUGGCGCGGCAGAUUUUUUGCACUUGAUGCUAGUGUGUAUGAGGUGGAUUAUGGGCGAAAACGCGCGAUUCUGUUUGAGUUUUCACGAUGAAGUGAGGUAUUUGGUUCCGGAAAGAUUUAAGUAUCAAGGAGCACUUGCAAUGCACGUGACGAAUCUCUUGACGCGAGCAUUUUGUUCGGUGAGGUUGGGGAUUUAUGAUUUGCCGCAGUCUGUGGCGUUUUUUUCAUCUGUGGAGGUUGAUACUGUGUUGAGGAAAGAUGCAAAGGAUGAUUGCAUGACGCCAUCGAAUCCGCAUGGGUUGGAAAAGGGUUAUAAUAUUCCAAAUGGGGAAGGGUUGGAUAUAAACCAAGCGGUUAAGAAAGCGGGAGGCAAAUUUAGUUAUUGGUAUGAACAGUUGAAAUGAUUGUGUUAUGUUGAUUAAUAAAAAAAUUAUAAGUA